UGAGGCAGACCUGCCUGGCCAGCUGAACAACUUUCCUCCCGAGAGUGCUGGCCAGCAGGAGUCGAGGAGGCAGCCGGGAGAGUCUGAGCGGCCACCCGCUGGGGGGACCCUGCGGUCCUUCCGAGAGAGCUCUGUGCCUCUCGGUCCAAGGUGGGGCUCCCGCGACCAGGGUUUAUGGUGGAUGGCUCUGGGGCUGCUCCUGAAGCUGUGCCAUCCCCCUACAAGUCAGAGGGUCACUGCAGAGGCUGCGGGGGCUGGGGCAAGGGAGCCCACUCUGGAGCCCCAUGUGGAACCCAAGGACACAGCCGCCCUGCUGAAAGCAAGGCGGCCCAUCCUUCAAGACCGUGACCUCAAGACGGUGGCGCUCGGCCCUCUACCUCCGACGGGGGCGGGGGCCGCCCACCUCCAAAUCCCCAACUAUGACAACCUCUGCGCUCCGCCGCCAGGUGAAGAACAUUGUUCACAACUACUCUGAGGCCGAGAUCAAGGUGCGUGAGGCCACCAGCAAUGACCCCUGGGGCCCGCCCAGUUCGCUCAUGUCAGAGAUUGCUGACCUGACCUUCAACACGGUAGCUUUUGCUGAGGUUAUGGGGAUGGUGUGGAGGCGGCUCAAUGACAGUGGUAAGAACUGGCGACACGUAUACAAGGCUCUGACACUAUUGGACUACCUACUCAAGACGGGCUCGGAACGCGUGGCCCACCAGUGCCGUGAGAACCUCUACACCAUCCAGACUCUCAAGGACUUCCAGUAUAUUGACCGCGAUGGCAAGGACCAGGGCGUCAAUGUUCGUGAGAAGGUCAAACAGGUGAUGGCCCUUCUCAAGGACGAGGAGCGCCUGCGGCAAGAGCGAACCCAUGCUCUCAAGACCAAAGAGCGAAUGGCCCUGGAAGGCAUGGGUAUUGGCAGCGGGCAGCUGGGCUACAGCCGCAGAUCUCGGGGCUCCCCCUCUUCUUACACGUCUGCAUCUUCGUCCCCGCGCUAUGCCUCAGAUCUGGAGCAGGCACGGCCCCAGACUUCUGGAGAAGAAGAGCUGCAGCUGCAGCUGGCCUUGGCCAUGAGCCGUGAAGAGGCUGAAAAGGGGGUGAGAUCCUGGAAGGGAGAUGACUCUCCAGUGGCCAACGGCGCAGAACCUGCUGGCCAACGUCGUCAACGGGACAGGGAGCCUGAGAGAGAAGAGAGAAAGGAGGAGGAGACGCUGAAAACUAGUCAGUCCUCCAUCCUGGACUUGGCUGACAUCUUCGCACCUGCCCCGGCCCUGCCUUCCACACACUGCUCUGCUGACCCAUGGGACAUCCCAGGUCUCAGGCCGAACACAGAGCCAAGUGGCUCCUCUUGGGGACCUUCUGCAGACCCCUGGUCUCCAGUUCCCUCUGGAAAUGCCCUGUCCCGAAGCCAGCCUUGGGAUUUGCUUCCUACUCUUUCUUCCUCUGAGCCCUGGGGCAGGACCCCAGUGCUGCCUUCUGGACCCCCCAUCGCAGACCCCUGGGCACCAAGCUCCCCUACCCGAAAACUCCCCAGCACUGGAGCAGACCCUUGGGGGGCCUCUAUGGAGACCUCUGACACCUCUGCUCUAGGUGGUGCCUCGCCCUUCGACCCAUUUGCCAAACCUCUAGAAUCCACAGAACUCAAGGAGAGCGGGGACAGUGCCCAGGCCCUGCCCACGGGGAAGUCCCCCAGCCCUGUGGAGCUAGACCCAUUUGGAGACUCCAGCCCCAGUUGCAAGCAAAAUGGCAUGAAGGAACCUGAAGCCCUUGACCUGGGUGUGCUAGGAGAGGCGCUACCGCAGCAGUCAGGAAAGGAAGCGCGCCCCUGCCGGACUCCGGAGUCCUUCCUGGGCCCCUCUGCCUCUUCUUUGGUCAACUUGGACUCACUAGUCAAGGCACCCCUGGCUGCAAGGACCCGGAAUCCCUUCCUGACAGGUCUGGGUGCUCCGUCCCCAACCAACCCGUUUGGCGCGGGCGAUCAGGGCAGGCCAACCCUGAACCAGAUGCGUACCGGCUCCCCUGCUCUGGGCCUGCCGCUGGGGGGACCCGUCGGGGCGCCCGUGGGCUCUAUGACCUACAGCGCCUCUCUGCCCCUCCCGCUCAGCAGCGUGCCGGUCGGCGCGACCCUCCCCGCCUCGGUCAGCGUCUUCCCGCAAGCGGGAGCCUUCGCCCCGCCGCCGGCGAGCUUGCCUCAGCCACUGCUGCCCACGUCCGGCCCAAUAGGGCCGCUGCCCCCACAGGCUGGCACUAAUCCCUUCCUCUGAGACGCUUUAGCGCCUGCGCGCGAAGCCCCGCCUCCUCGAGGGCGGAUCGUGCAGGUUGAGCACUGAUCUGUGGACCCCCCUGACACAUCCUGAAACCCAACUAGGGACUGACCGCGUCUUGGGGACGAAGACUACACCCACCUAAUAAAGACUGGAAUCUACGUCCUCAACUCUUACCAAGUGGACUUUUUUGAGGGGUGUGGCAGCUGGAUCAGGACCCCCACACCCAUUACCUGCUGAGGCAGAAACUCCUUGACAAUCUGAAUUUCCUCAUAGCCCUCUCAACCCCCACUCCCCUUUCCUCUAGGCCUGGUGCCUCCCUUUCAUGCUGUCUCAAUCAUUCAGGCAUUCGUCCAUCACACACAGGAUACUCCUAAAGUAAGGGGCGACGGCAUUUGCUCAUUCUUUGAUGCGCUAUGCACCUUAGGCAGAGAAUUUCACCUAAUCACAUUGCAAGGAGCCUAGGCGUUACUUCAGAGUUUGUAAGGCCCUACCUAAGCUGGAUAUGCAGUACUCUCUGUCCAAAACUGGGUUAAGAAUUUCAAAACAGAGUUGAUAAACAUGGUGACACAUACGAGUAAUCCCAACACUUAAGGGGGUGGAGGUAAGAGGAUCCUGAGUUCAAGGCCAGCCCGGGCUUAACAUUAUUAUUAUUAUUAUUAUUAUUAUUAUUAUUAUUAUUAUUAUUAUUAUUAUUAUUAUUUUAAAGACAAGGCAGGAGAAGAAUAAACUAAAGGUCCAAACUUCCCAAGAGAGGUAGCACAGGUCUUUCUUAACUAGUCCUAUUUAAUAGCCAACAGAGGCUUUCGAGAAGUACAGUGACAUGUUCUAAAUCACAAAGCUGGAGUGACGUGGGGCUGGGAUUCAGAGUCAGACAGUCUGGCUCCCUGGGGAGGAUCAGGUUUAAUACAGCAAACACUGACUGUCUUGGACGAAAUGCUGGGCUCAUCCAGGAGGAACCUAGGAUGGCUGAACCCCCAUCUUCCAGGAGCUAGGAGGACAGAAAGUCGACAAGCCAGUAGCACUGGAUAUAGCUGCAGUACAGCCAAUCACAGGAAACAUCUUCUCUUAUGUCUCACUUGGUCAUCCAAAUCCAACUCUGCCCCAGCUCCUUUCACCAGGGCUGAAGAGAGCCACCUUGACCAUCUGAGGUCUGGACCUCUGCAGGGUUGUUGCAGGGGUUAGGAAACCAAACACAGCCAGCACCUGGACUUCUGCCUUGAGGGUUACCAUGGCUACCCACGUGUGCUCAGGACCCAGGGUCUGACCUGGCAGGCAGCUUGGGUCUGGCUUUGUUCUCUUUGGGGUCACCGAGAGCAUGUGGACUUCCUCAGCCUGAAGCACCAUAGUCAGAGGUGGCCCCGUGUCACUGUCCUUCUUAGGUACAUGGGCAAGAGCUGUUCUGGUUGUAAGGGAGGGCAGGCAGCCACAGGGCUGCUUCAGGCAGGAGGGGGCAAGAGCAGCUGCUUAGAAGCUGAGCCUAGCAAACUCUGCUCCAGGGCUGAACUUAAUGAUAAUCGCCUAGUAAUGAGUGGUUAAGUCGCUCUUGAGUAAACGACUUCACCUCUCUGUG